AUGCAAUCCGAAUACUUCCUCAACAAUCCAGUUCAUUAUACUGGAUACUCUUCUCAAUACGACGUCAACUACGGAACUUGUAACGAAGUAGCUUACAGCUCCUCGCCCGAGUGGUUGCACGAACCAUCUUGCACAUACCCAGCACAGUACUACGAUAUGUCGACUUCUAGACGAGGAGAUACUUACGAUGAGAUUUGCGAAUACUAUUGCAUCGAGCCUGGAUGUGGCAUAAUUCAUGGAAUCACUUUGCAAGACUAUACAGCGGGAAAACUAAGCAAGAAUGAUGUUCAUCGACUUAUACAAAUCAACACUGGGUUCCGAUGUCCGGCACAUGAACCGACCUUGACAAGAUCCAACGUUCUCGUGCAGUGGGAGAUCCCACCGGGGACACCUUUCAGCGAGUCCGUUCAACUUAGUCGGGAUACAAAAACGCCAAUCCUUUGCCCGGAAAAGGGGUGCGGGCAACAUUUCAAGACGAGGAGCGAGUUCAAAAGGCAUCUUGCUGGGAUCUUUCGUCCAUUCUAUUGUCUACGAGGAAACUGUUGCAUCGAUGGUGUUCCGUGCCGCAAGGGUUUUGGUAGAAUCGAAGAGGUGAUCAACCAUUUGAGGAAUGAGAAUGGACAGCACCAUGACGCGGUUCGCUACCGACCGGUAGAGGGCUGGGAUUUCCGCCGAAAGACACAGGAGGAAACACAGGAAGUUCUCGAUUCUCUCGAUGUGAUUCCUUCUGAGGAGCUUUAUUCUUGGUACGGUCUAUCUCGAUACUAG